AUGAAAAUAGUAAUUAUCGGCGGAGGCAUCUCCGGAUGUACCGCAUACCUCCAACUAAAAAAGCAUCUCCCCAAACCACCCGCCCCAGACCAGGACCACGAAAUCGCCAUCUACGAAGCCUACGACACCAACAAGGACACCACCUGCGACGAACGUGAUGGCCCAACCCACUCCUCGACACUUAUCGUAGGCGGCGGCCUGGGUAUUGGGCCGAAUGGCCUCCACGUUCUAAAACGUCUGGACGAGGAUCUUCUCCGUGAAAUCGUCCGUGGCGGAUAUGUAGUCCCGACAUCCAACAUGAAGAACAAACACGGACGUUUGCUCGUACGCAUGGACGCAUCGGAUGAGCCAACCUCGCCGAAUGAAUUACCCAUGCAUACGGUCGGGUGUAGCCGACAUUGGUUCUGGCGGUGUCUCCGCAUGCGCAUUCCGGAUUGCGAUAUUGUGACGAAACGGGUCGCGGAAGUUGUUGCGAGCCCGGACGGCCGGAAUGUAGUUCACUUUGAUGAUGACAGUUUGCCAGUGGAGGCGGAUUUGGUUAUCGGUGCGGAUGGGUUGAAGGGGAUCGUUAAACGGGCGUUGUUCCCUGAGGCAGGGGAGGAUCCGUUUCCUCCCCAUUAUGAAGGCUUGUCAGGAGUCGGCGGGUUCAUUCCGGCCGAGAAAGUCCAGGAUGACGUUCAAAAAGGCUCAAUGAACUUCAUCAUCGGGGGUAAUGGCUUCUUUGGCUACUUCUACGCCGACAGUGCCCGAUCGGCACCUCACAGGGACUCGCCAUAUCAUGUCUCCGAACCAGGCGAGAGUCUUGGCUGGUGGUCAACAUACCAAGUCGAUGAGUGUCCGAACCCGAAAACGAUUGACAAGGAGGAUGUCGCACGUCAACUGCGAGAACGCUACUCGAGCUGGAACGACCCAGUUAUUCGGAAGGUCCUCGACUCACUAGAGGUCAGCAAUAUGUAUCCUACCUGGACGAUGCCGCCUCUGCCGACCUGGGAGCGAAAUGGCGUCGUUCUCGUCGGUGAUGCAGCUCACGCAUUGCCUUCUACUUCGGGGCAGGGCUCGUCGCAGGCGCUUGAGGAUGUCGAGGCGUUUGUUCUCUUUUUGAGUCACUAUUUACGUAAAGAAUAUGAGGCUCAUGAGCCUGAUAUUGAUGUAAAAGAAGUGAUCUCGACCGCAGCUAAGCCCUAUAUGGAGCUGCGUAUCCCUCGUGUCCAGGCUAUUCUUGAAGAUGCCAAGCGAAGACAAAAUAUCAAGCGUGAUAUGAGCGUUAUCGAGGAAUAUAUAAUGUACAGCUUUCUAUGGAUUCUUGGGUGGUUUCCACGGUUCUUUGCCAAGGAGAUGAAGGCUGUCUUCAAUUAUAACAUCGCUGAUGAGGUCAAGAAGGUGUUGGAAGGUGAAAAUUAA